UGGAAACAAUAACAAAGUUCUUAAUAUACAAAAGUGUUUAUAAAAAAUCUAAUAAAGUUUGUGAUAAAAAAUAGAAAAAUAUUUAUUUACCAUAUAUAAAUAAUUCCCCUUUUUUUUUAGAAAUAAAUAAAAAAAAAUGUAGAAAAAACGUGAUUUAAAUAUAGUAUCGAUAUAUUUUUGAGAGGCGAUAAACGCCUAUUUAUAUUAUAACCUCAAAAAUGUUAAAAAAAAUUUUUUUAUUGUCUUUAUUAUUGUUAAUUGUAAAUAAAAUAUUUUCCGAUUCAAUAUUUUCCACUGAAUUGAAAAAUGAUGGUAAAAAAAAUUCUCUUGAUAUUAAUUUUUCAACAAAAAGAUACAUUCUUUAUGAUGUAAAUCCUCCCGAAGGAUUUAAUCUUCGACGAGAUGUUUACGUUCGAAUUGCUGUUUUUGUAAAAAAAUUAUUAGAAGAACAAAGCAAAUAUCAUUGGAUUUUAGUUCUUCCGCCUUGGGGAAAAUUAUAUCAUUGGAAAAGUAAAGAUAUUGGACCACAAGUUCAAAUUCCCUGGGGAUAUUUUUUUGAUAUUUCCAGUCUCAGGAAAUAUAUUCCUAUUAUGGAAAUGCAUGAAUUUUUAAAAGAAUAUCCCUCGAAGGAAGGUGGAACCGAUUUGGAUAUUGUUUAUAUUUUACAAAAUGACGAGGAAAUGUUUAAAACAGGCAAAUUUGAGGAGAAAAAUAAAAUUAUUAAUUGUCAAAAAGGUCGGGUGCAAUAUGAACAAAUUGGUGAAAAUGAAUUUUUUGGCAAUUUUUGGGGCUAUGACAAUAUAACAGCACGACAAUUGAAAUGUGUAAUUUUUCAUGGUACUGCAUCGAAUUUAAAGGAAAAUUUACAACCACAACUUUAUAGAUCAAUUGUUUUUGAUCAUAUGGAAAUUGCCCUUCACGAUUAUUUUGGUUCAAGAGAAUUUUGGCAAGCCAGACGAAGCAUGCGUUUUAAUUUGGAACUUUAUAAAAUUGCCAACAAUUUUCGAAAACGUGAAUUAAAUUCUGAUGAUAUUUCAGAUGGAAUUGAACGUCCGGAAAAUUGGCAAGAUGAAAAAAAAGGUGCAAAAAAUGCAGUGGGCGGUCCAUAUUUGGCGGUUCAUUUGAGAAGACAAGAUUUUCUUAAAGGACGAGUCGAAACUAUUCCCACGAUAAAAAGCGUUGCUUUACAAUUAAUGGAAAAAUUAAAGGAAUUAAAUCUCAAAACACUUUUUGUGGCAACGGACACUGAUGAUUAUGAAUUCAAGAAACUUGAAAAGUAUUUAGAAAAUUUUAAAAUCAUUAAAUUCAUUCCCAAUGAGAGGGAAAACAAUAAAUUUAAAGACGGAGGAAUUGCAAUUAUCGAUCAAAUUAUUUGCUCGCACGCCAGAUAUUUCAUUGGAACACUCGAGUCGACAUUUACAUUUCGAAUUCAAGAAGAACGUGAAAUAAUUGGAUUUCCCGUUAAUUCGACAUUUAAUCGAUUGUGUGGAAAAGAUAAAGAAUGUCAAAAUGUUAGCCAAUGGAAAAUUGUUUGGUAAAAUUUGGAAAACAAAAAAAAAACAAAAAAAAAAAAAAAAGAAAAUGACAAUA